AUGGCCUCCUCAGCAAAGCACUUCAUCAACGACCCGACCCACCUGGUCAACUCGGCCCUCCGCGCCGCGACCCUGACCAACCCGGCCCUCGCCCUCGACGCCGACAACAAGGUCGUCUACCGCCGGCCCCACGCCGCCCACGACGCCGGCAAGAAGGUCUCGAUUCUCUCCGGCGGCGGCUCCGGCCACGAGCCCUCCUUCGCCGCCAUGGUCGGGCGCGGCAUGCUCGACGCAGCCGUCGCGGGCACCAUCUUCGCCAGCCCCUCGGCCGAGCAGGUCCGCGUCGCCAUCCAGGCGCGCGUCGACCACCACCACCACCACGGCGGCGGCGGCGGCGGCGGAGGCGUGCUCGUCACCGUCAUGAACUACACGGGCGACGUCCUCAACUUCGGCAUGGCCGUCGAGAAGGCCCGCGCCGCCGGCGUCCCCGUCGAGAUGGUCGUCGUCGGCGACGACGUCGGCGUCGGCCGGGAGAAGGCCGGCAAGGUCGGCCGCCGGGGCAUCGCGGGCACCGUCCUCGUGCACAAGAUCGCCGGCGCUCUGGCCGCGCGGGGCCGGUCUCUGGACGAGGUCGCGCGCGUCGCGCGCCUCGCGGCGCAGAACCUCGUCAGCGUCGGCGCCAGCCUCGAGCGCGUCCACGUGCCCGGCCGGGCCGUCGCCCCCACCGAGGACGCCCUCGCGCCGGGCGAGGUCGAGAUCGGCAUGGGCAUCCACAACGAGUCCGGGUCCGGCCGGGAAAAGGUCGAGCUGCCCGCCCUCGUCGGCCGCAUGCUGGCGCAGAUGCUCGACCAGGGCGACGCGGACCGCGCCUUCCUGAACGUCAACUCCAACGAGGUCGUGCUGCUGGUCAACAACCUCGGCGGCGUGAGCGUGCUCGAGCUCGGCGGCAUCACGGCCGAGGUCGUGGACCAGCUCGCGCGGGACUGGAGGAUCGAGCCCGUGCGCGUCCUUAGCGGGACCUACAUGACGAGCCUCAACGGCCUCGGCUUCAGCAUCACCCUGCUCAACGUCGUCAACACGGACAUCGGCGGGCCGAGCAUGGUCGAGCUGCUCGACGACCCGGCCGAGGCGACGGGCUGGUCGGCGCCCGUCGCCAAGCAGACCUGGGAGGAGAAGAACGCGGCCACGAGGGAGGCCAAGGCCGGCGGCGAGGAGCAGGCCAAGCCCAGCGGGCUCAAGACGGACCCGGACGAGUUCAGGUCGAAGCUCGAGGCCGGGCUCAAGAGCGUCAUCUCGGUCGAGCCCGAGGUCACGCGAUACGACACCAUUGUCGGCGACGGCGACUGCGGUAUCGGCCUCAAGAGAGGCGCCGAGGCCAUCCUCAAGCACCUCUCCCAGACCAAGCUGACGGGCGACGUCGUCGUCGACGUGGCCGGCCUCGUGCCCGUCAUCGAGAACACCAUGGACGGCACCUCGGGCGCCCUGUACGCCAUCUUCAUGAACUCGCUCGUCCACGCCCUGCGGACGCAGGGCAGCGGCGACGCCUCUCCCAAGACCUGGGCCGCCGCGCUGCGGCAGAGCUGCGACGCCCUGUCGCGCUACACGCCCGCCCGCCCCGGCGACCGCACCCUCGUCGACGCGCUGUACCCCUUCGUCGAGACCCUGGCCGCGUCGGGCGACGUGCGCGGCGCGGCCGAGGCGGCCAAGAGGGGCGCCGACGGCACCAAGGGCAUGCACGCCAGCCUGGGCCGCGCCGUCUACGUCGGCGGCUCCGGCUUCGAGAAGGUGCCCGACCCGGGGGCGUACGGCCUGGCGAGCUUCUUCCUGGGCCUGACCGGGCUGAAGCCGGUCGAGGACGGGUGGGAGACUGUCUGA